UAGCCCUUAUACGGAGUACGACGGUAUUUCACUGUGAAAAUCAGUCCUCCACAUUUUGGUGGUUGUCAUCAACGCCAUUGAAGAAGAGAUCUAUUGUCAUGAAGGAGCAGUCCAUGUCGUCCAAAACCCUCGACCCUAGGCGUGCUAUUGAGAGCUGUAUAUUUCACCUUCACAGUUGGAGACCCUUUCAGAUUCAAUCCAAAACCCUAGUCACGGAUUCACCUCGUUCACCCACGCCCUAUGCUCCUCAAGGUAAUCGCUUCUUCAGCAAACGGCCCUGCCGCGAUGAUCGAGCGACGUCUUUUCCAGUUGACGCCCUCGACAUGUCGAAACUCAGUUUAUUUGAGGACGACCGAUCCUUUUCCGUCCACAAGCGGGAUAGCAGCCGCUGGAUGGCUGGAAAACGUCGCCGUCGAGGAUCGAAGUCGGUUUCUGGUAGAAGCAGCGAGCGCAGUGGGACACGACUGAGGUGCUGUUCUGUUGGGGCAUCGGCGGCUUGCGGAACCUGUUCUGAUUUUCCGAUGGCCCCUGGGACGGAUACCAGCGGGGAGUUGUUCGUGAAUGGGGAUGUAAAUUGGGCGUCUGAUGUGAGUGAAGCCGCUAAAACUUCUAGGAGAGAGAGGGAGAGUGGAGUUGCAGAUAGGGAGAAUUUGAGUGUUGCAUUUCAAAUUGGCAAUUUUGAAAGCCAAGGUAAUGAGUCUGGGUAUGGAAGUGAGCCAGGCUAUAGAGGUGAUGGUGAGAUAGGAUAUGGUGAUGAGUUGGAUGAAGAAGAAGAAGAUCAACGGCUCUUAAUCUGGGGCCAUGAUUUUGGAGUAUCUAAGGCAGAGAAGAAUGCAGUACAAAAAGCUCAUCAUAGAUGCCGGCGCAGGAAGAGUGAUAUGAAAAUGGUGGUAGAUCUCAUGAGAUAACAUCCCAUUGUAUGUCUUGGUUUUUUUUAGGUUUAGUUGAUUUUACUGUUUUACCCAUGUGGCUUAGAUUUACUCUCUGUCACACACAAAGUGCGUGAUAGAUAACAUGGUCUGUGCAGACCCUAACCUCAUGAGUAGCUCAGUAAUAACAGGACUUACAACAAGAGUCUAUCAGGCUGUAAGUGUAUAUGUAUGUAUCAUAUUGGAGCUGUGUUGUAUGCUGUACAGGUACAUUAAGAACUACCAGUAUUUGACAACCAAGCAUUCC